UUCUGCGGCUCACUGGACUCCCUGAAGCUUUUUUUAUUCCCGCACUGUAGAUUUUCCCCUCAAGACCCGCUGGACUGGGCUGAGUCUCUAAUUUCGACAAGACAUUUCAACAAGUUUUCUUAGAAUUCAACCUUAUAUGUUUAUAUAAUAUAACUAAACAACCCCAGUCCCCCCCAGUCGGAUCCUGUUUUACUCUCACGUUAUUUUUUGGUUGGAUUUACCAAGGGCGUGUUUGGGCGAUCUGUACCGGGAGUUUUAUCUCCUGUACUUGUGGGACUCUGAGGAAUGACAGCAACUGCAAAGGGACUGCCAUCCGCCUGAAUGGACACAAUGGAUUAUAAAGACCUUGGACAUAAUUUCGAGGAGAAGCUGACGUUAGCAGACAAAUCUCUGCCCCUGCAGACCGAGUCUCAGUCCAUCCAGAAUGGGGACAAGGACCCUCUGACUUCAGACGACUCGGCCAUCACAGACCUCUCUCCUAAAACAGACUCCAGCCCCAGAACAGAGACCCCCACCAAGACAGAUGCCUCCUCCAAGACGGAUGUCAGGCCAUCCACCCCAGGCAACAGCAGCCCUCAGCCCAAGAAAGAUUCGAUGAGCUCAGAGCAACGACAGAAACUUGCCAAGGAGCGGAGGGAGGAAAGAGCCAGAUACAUCGAACAGCAAACUCAGCUGCAAGCGGCAAAGAAAGCCCAGUGGCUGGAGAAGGAGGAGAAGGCCCGACGUCUGAGGGAGAGCCAGCUGGAGGACCGCAGGAAGAAGCUGGAGGAGCAGAGGCUGAAGGCUGAGAAACGUCGAGCUCUGUUGGAGGAGAAACAGAGGCAGAAACUAGAAAAGAACAAGGAGAGAUAUGAGGCAGCUAUCAAGAGGUCGACAAAGAAGACGUGGGCCGAGAUCCGCCAGCAGAGGUGGUCCUGGGCAGGCGGACUCAACCAGACCUCCCGCAGAGAGAGCAGAUGCUCGGCCUCCACGGUCAACUUGCCGAGACAGGUGGACCCUGUCAUUAACAACAGGCUGUCCAAGUCCUCUGCCACGCUCUGGAACUCCCCCAACAGAACCCGCAGCCUGCGUCUGAGCCCGUGGGAGAGUCGGAUCGUGGAGCGGCUGAUGACGCCAACGCUGUCCUUCUUGGCCCGCAGUCGCAGCGCCGCCACCCUCCUCAACAACAGCGACUCCCGUGAGUACUCUCACCACUGCUCCCGUUCAGCAUCUGCCAGCCCGCUGAACGCCUGCUCCCAUCACCACCCACACCAGAACGCCGCAGAGCGCUGGAGGGUCUCCUCCGCCAGCACGCCGGACAUCACCCAGCGCCAGCGCCGACGAAACUCCACGCCGGUGGACAAAAAGAAGAAAGAGAAGAAAGACAAGGAGAGGGAGAACGAAAAAGAGAAGAACGCUCUCACAAAAGAGAAAGUGCAGAAGAAGAGACAGAUGACGUCACCCACCACCACGACCCAGAGAUCCAGGCCGGAGAUCAGCACCCCGAAGCCCAGAAACAGACCUCCAUCACCUGCCGCACCCAAAAGCCGGCCCUUGUCCCCCCUGGUGCCUGCAGCAGCCUCCAAGACUCCCACGGGCAAGAAGACACCUCCCCCUGGCACCAAGACCAGACCCAAACGAGCCCAGACGCCCGCCAGGGUACAGCACCAGACGGUCACUGCGGUUGCCAUAGACAAAGGCAACGAACUCCAGCAGCCCGACACCCCAGAGGAGAAAAAGAACCCCAGUAAUGUUCCCGCCAUCGUGGUGUCCUCUGCACCAGUUACGCCUCCUUCCCUCAGCCCACCGGUUGUAUCAGUGGCCUCUCCAGCUGUACCAAACAUAGAGCCGGCAGCUGCUUCUCCUGUUGCAGCCUCCACCGGUAAACCUGCUCCCUCUGCUCCACCCGCCCCCGCCACAGCUGCCGCCUCGCCCGCCCCGGCUGCUCCCAGCGGCAGGCCCUCAGCCGGCACCAACGACCCGGAGGAGGCUGCUCGUGUCCUGGCAGAGAAACGCAGACAAGCCAGGGAGCAGCGGGAGAGGGAGGAGCAGGAGCGUCUGGAGCAGGAGCACAAGAACAGGAUCCUACGGGAGGAGGCGAUGGCCCGGGAGGCAGAGGAGAGGAAGCGGAGAGAGGAGGAGGCUCGAUUCAUGGCCGAGCAACAGCGUCUGAGGGACGAAGCCCAGCGAGCUCAAGAGGAGAAGGAGGCGCAGGAGAGAGCCAAAGCCGAGCAGGAGGAGAACGAGAGGCUGCAGAGACAGAGGGAGGAGGCUGAAGCCAAAGCCCGCGAGGAGGCCGAGCGUCAGCGCCAAGAGAGGGAGAAACACUUCCAGAAGGAGGAGCAGGAGCGGCUGGAGAGGAAGAAGCGCCUGGAGGAGAUCAUGAAGAGGACUCGGAAGAGCGAUGCAGGAGAUAAGAAGGACGUCAAAGCUUCUCCACAGGUCAACGGCAAGGACACAGAGCUGAGUAAGGCAGCGGGAAACCUGCAGAGUCCUGACACAGCAGUCCUCAGCCCGUCGCAAAGUGCGUCCGCUCCUGUUGUAAACGGAGUCCAGAAUGGCGUCUCGGCCAACGGAGAGGCGGGCGACUUUGAGGAGAUCAUCCAGCUGAACAGCAGCGGAAACCCGGCGCCCUUCCUGAUGAAGACAGGCCCUAUGAAGCCUCAGCAUGUGGCAGAGGUCCUGUGAGUCGCCACACGUCCACGGAGAUGCGCCUUACGUCUCAGCUUGAGCUAUGAGAUUCAUGCCACACCACAGCGGCUUAUAAGAUUAGUGUGCCAAACAAACAGUGAACUGCGCUAAAUUCACAUCUACAGUAUCUGCCACAGAGUACGAGGAGGAAGAGGAGGAGGGGGAGGGGGAGGGGGAAGGAAAACUCUGCCGGGGGGGAAGAAACACUCAUCUGAAAAUGCAACAAGUAUUCUCUGUCUUUACCGCGUGUUAUGGUGCAGCAUUUGUCAAGUUUUACUGAAACAUCACAUCAAGAUUUUAUGGUGCACCUUAAAGAUGACUGACAAUGUAACAAAUUUAGGAAAUACACUAUAAGAUCCUGGAAAUACAUAAUAUUUGACAAUGGUUGUUAUUAUUACCGUUAUUGCGAUAUCGUUAAUGUUACCUUAAGUUGGACAGUGUGUGCGUGUUUGUUGUUUUUGUCUUGAAUUAUUGAGUUAUUUAACAUGGGGAGCAUCGUAGGGACUGGCCACAGACAGUAUAUGUAAAUGUAUAAUGAGCCUGGCUGCCUCGGCCUCCUGUUACAGGGGAUCUGUGAAAUAAAGCUUUAUGAAAGGGA